AUGAUAAUUGGAGCAAUUAAAGUAAAGGAUGGUCUUUUCAUAGGAGAUGAAUUAGCCUCUAAAGUAAAAAUACAAUCUUAACAUAAUAGGAUCUUGAAUUCGUCAUCCAGAACAAAGUAACUAGAAUUGUUAAUUGUGCAGCUAAACAAUUGCCAUGCGUAUUUGCAAAUUACGGUGUUACAUAUCUGAAAUUCAAUUGGUUAGAAAAUGAAAAAGUACAUCCUAUUUAUCAUGAAUAAGUAAAUACUAUUUCCAAAUGAUACUGUUAAUGAAAUCUUUCAAUUUAUAGAAUAAGCACAUAAUAACGGAGAAUCUGUUUUGGUUCAUUCAAUAAGAGGACAAUCUCGUUCAUGUUGUGCACUUGCUGCCUACUUUAUGAGAAAAUAUAAAUGGAAACUUUAUAAGACUUUGGAGUUUCUCAACUCUAGAAGACCAGAUCUUGAAAUUAGAGCCAGUUUUUAUCAUCAAUUAACUUAAUUGGAGUCUAAACUAAGUAAGAAGGGUGAAGGUGGUCUAUCAAGUUCAUGGCAACCACAAGAAGAAUAAGAUCUACCCCUUGAAGAAGAUGAAAAACUUCUUAGAAAUACAUUUAUGAAUGCAAAAUCUAGUUCAGUUGAUUCUUGUUGGUUAGAUAGAAGAUUAUUUAAUUAAUAUCUGAAUGAAAAUAGAGUUAGAACAAUUACUUGGGCAGAUGAAACAUUAGUUAAAAAGUCAUAAAAAAAAAUUAAAUCGUCUAAUACCAAGAAUGCUGUUAAAUUAAAUAGUUAAAAUAAUAUAAGUGGAAAUAUUUACCAUGUUACAGUUAAUAAUUAUGUAACUCUAAAAGAAGAAUUAGAAAAAUAUAAUUCUAGUCUGAAUUCAAGAGAGAAUCAUUAACUUAUUAAACCAAAUAGUGGUACUAUCAAAAGACAAUAAAAUGAUAGUUUAAAAAAACAUUAAGAAUAAAAACUUAAAUAAUAAGGGAAAUCUCAAUCAUUAAAAUAAUAAAAAAGAGAUCCAACUGACAGACCUAAAUCUGCCUAUGUGUACUAAUCUUAAUUAUUCUAGAUAGCCUGAAAUUCAACCACCUGUGAAUAUUCCAAAACCAGUACACUUUCCAUAUCGUUAAUUUUCACCUGUUGUAAAAGGUAAUUUAAUUUGAUAUAUUUAGGAAAUAAUAUUCCAAAAGUAACAUAAUUGAUUCCAACUAAUAAAAGCAAAGGAUGGAGAUAUCCUUCACCUGGAUAAUUGAAAAAUGAUGAUGAUUUUAUGCAAUCUUUCAUAAAUAGUAAACCUGUAUGGAAAUGA